GGAGCUAGGUUUCCCCGGGAUCCUCGCGUUGCUCGGCAGGUUGCCGCCACAGCGCAGAAGGCAGGCCCUGAGGGUGGUGGGCUCGCGGCUGUGGGCCUAGUGGCUGGAUGGCGGCCCACACCUACGCGUUUGUAGGCGUGCUCCGUUGUAUGUUAGUGAAGUUGUUAAAAUUAAGUAUUACGGGCGAGCACACGUUUUGUUAAUCUUCGUAAGUGCGAGAUAAUAGCUGUUUAUGUUAGCAUUCGUUCGGAGAAGCCACAUCAUGUUUGCCGAGUUGUCGGAUAUCUGAAGCAAGUAAUAAGUGAUGAAUAAUUUGGAGAGGGGCUUGGAGAAUACAUAACAGGAAUGAAUUCUCUGAACCCUAUAAUGGCAUCUGAUUCAGCUGUGGAAAUUGAAAAUCACAGUGAUAAUUCUUCAUCUGGUAGCAGCUUAUUUAAAACUCAGUGUGUCCCUUCCUCACCUAAACCGAGGCAAAGAAACCCUAUCAGAAAAUUUGUUUAUUCACCUGAAAGUGUUCAAGCAAAGGAUUCCUCUAGUGACUCAUCUUUAGAACCAAGACCAUUGACUUUAAAAGCUAUUUUUGAAAGAUUCAAAAAAAAGAAACGUAAAAAGAGGAAAUACAAGCCAACAGGAAGACCAAGGGGAAGACCAAAAGGAAGAAAAAAUACUAGACGCUCCCAAAUAAAUAGGAAACAAGUUAGAGACAAAGGAUCUGGGUUCCCAUUUUUAGAAUCAGAGCAUGAAAGAAAACCACUACCUUGGAGGAAGAUUUUAACCUUUGAGCAAGCAGUGGCAAGAGGAUUUUUCAACUACCUUGAAAAGCUGAAGUAUGAAUACUACCUCAAGGAAUCCUUGAAACAAAUGAAUGUUGGUGAAGAUUUAGAAAAAGAAGAUUUUGACAGUCGUAGAUAUAAAUACUUGGAUGAUGAUGGAUCUCUCUCUCCUAUUGAGUCAGAAGCAGAGGAUGAUCUUGCAACAAAUCUUGAACAUGAUGACGAAUGUGAUAUCAAAUUGGUGGACCAUAAUUAUUUCAUAGUAAGUUCUGAAGUACCAAAGAAGAAUGUGUAUUCAGAACAAGAGGAAUAUACUGAAGAAGCAGCUGUGUCUAAAAGGAGAACAUCAAGGUCCAAAAACAUUGGACAGAGGAUAGAAUGGUCUGAAAAGGAGAUAGGAAUAUGAAUGUUAAGGUAAACAGCACAGAGAAAAACAGCUUUUCGUAGAAAAUAAAGAUGAUAAAUGCAAAUAUAUAUGUCAGUGAUAAAAAUGAAUCUAAGGAAAAAAUAAAAAGAACCUGAACAAAUUAGUGAAACUCUGAAUUAUCAGGAAAAGCAUUUUAAAGCUGUGGAAUUGUUUACAUGUAGAAAAGAAUUAAGGCUUGCAUAGCAAAAAUAAUCACCUGAUAAAUAAUAAACAGGAUCCUACUGUUUUUGUCCAUACUUUGUUUCAGAGCAAGAGCUUAAAGGUGUCAUUUUGAGCAAAGAAGUAUGGAGAUUAUCUCCUGAAAACCUUUAUUAUAAAUGUAAUCACUAAUGAUUGACCUCUCCUCAGGAUACCUGAAGCCGUUUUUAUCCCAGUUUUAUUCAAACAAAGACCUUUAGUGUCAAACGUGUUAUUGUAAUAAGAACUUCCUAACUACCUAGACUGUGUCAACUACAAUUUUCUUCUCAUCACCACUGUAUAUUGCUGAUUAUGUCACUAAAUAACGCUGUAUUGAUUGCACUUGUGCUUGUUUUUGUUCAGUUUUGUGGACAAAGACUUAGACAAGUGCAGAAAAUAAAUCCUCUUUUGCAACCCAGAACUCAUGGCUCAAUAUGAGUUUUGAUACAUGUAAGAAGGAACAAGAUCCCUACAACCAACUAAAGUGAUGGUGGGGGGUUUGAUAAACUUGAAAGUUGGUUUCAGGACUGUAGAAUGACUAAAGCACAAGACAAAAGGGAAUUCUCAACUAUGGUGAAUUAGUAUUACGAUUUUAAUGUUGACAUAAAAGAUGCCUUCUUGUUGUAGGCUUUUCAUUUGAGAGCACAAUGUCUGGACUUAAAGGUAUGUCUUCUGCUUUCAGUGCAGGAAUGUCUUUUGGUGAAUUUUUGGAUCAGAUUUGUUUAAAUGUACUUUAUCAGAUCAUAUAAACCUCUACAGGUUUCAUUGUUGAAAGACAUUUUCCCAGUUUUAAUUUGUUUAUGAUGUGAUUUCAGAAAAAGAUUUUAGAGUUCAUACAUUUUAUAGUCACAGAUGCGAGCUUUACUUCACUUGCAGGAAGGGGUCCCCAAACUGUAACUUAGGUUAUGGCAAUAAUCAGAAUACAGGAUAUUCCCAUUUUAAGCAUCUACGUUAGCUUAAACUAAUGCAUAAUCUAAAAUGAGGUUUAGGACUUAAUAGUGUAAUGUUAGAAAUGAUUACACGAGAUUUCCUAAAUCUGAAUGAUGGAAAGGUUAAUUCACAAUCAUCCAAUUUGUUUUAUUAUCUUCCAGGGAUUCCUAAAUGGGAAGAACAUAAGUACAGCCAUAUUAAUAUUUUCCUGAAAUUUUUUAAGUCAAAUAACUGUAGUUCUUAAAAUGAGGCAGAAUCUUAAACAUUUUGCUGUAAUCCUGGGAAUUUCAUUGGAGUUUGUAAAAAUCAAGACUUUAGACAUGGAAAUCUUUUUCCUUUGGUGGUUCUAGAAUAGCUACUUGGUACUUUGCAUGUCUAUCUCAGUAUACACUCUUGUAACCAACCAUUCAGAAAAUCCUUAUGCGAUUAAAUUAUGGAAUAAGUUUGUUGUAAAUAGGAUGUUUGGCUUUUUGCACAAUUUUGAACUCAGAUUUAGAGCAGAUCACAGGUCUAACUUUUCUUGUGGAAUCUUCAGUUUUAAAACUGUAAACAGUGGUUGAGGUCUAUCCCGAUGGGGCUUUUUCUGUAGACCUACAUCGUUGGAAACGCCUCAUAGAGUAUAUGUGUGGUUUCCUUUAUUCACAGAACUAUGUGUUAGAUCUGUGGGAAAGAACUACAAGACAUCUAUCUGCUAAAACAUUGAAAGACCUAACGGUCAUAUAUUUUAAAUCUUAGGUAUUGGAGUAUCCCAAGAAUCUGUAUAGUUCAGGGCGUGCUAGUUUAGGUAAGUUUUUGUUGGGGACAGUGUAAUCUUGGGGGCACCGUUACAGUUCACAUGAUGAAUUUAACUGUUCAACUGCUGAAUGAUUACAGACAUGAACUAAAACUUGAUUCUGACGGAGCUGACGAUAGCUUAAAAAAAAAAAAAAAACCCAUGGUUGUCAAUUUGGAUGCUAAGCACCUAUUUUAGAUUUUAAUCACACAUUUAAAUUGUUCUUAAUCUUUUAUUUGGUAUUUUAUCUGUAGGGGUGAAUAUGAUUUGAACUCAUUUACGUUUAGAGGUAGGUGGAAUGUUUAAUUUUUGUUGAAAUUUAUUAAGAAUUCAAAAGUACUGAAAAAAUGUGAGUUGUGAGUACGGUAUCCCAUUACUGUUGUGCCUCGUAGUUAUUUGGGUAUGCCACAGAAGUAUUAGAUCUUAGGGUGCCUAGGUGGUUCAGUCAGUUGAGCAGUCCGACUCAAUUUUGGCUCAGGUCAUGAUCCCAGGGUCAUAGAAUUGAGCCUUGUGUCAGGCUCUGCGCUGAGCAGGGAGCCUGCUUGAGGUUUUCUUUCUCUCUCUCCCUCUGCCCAUCUCCCCCACUUGUGUGUUCUCUAAAAUUAAAAAGGUAUCGAGAUCUUGGCAAAGGUACUUGCCAUGAUAUUUAUACACCGAAUUGGACAAACUGAGAAGACUGCAUGUCUAGGGAGUAACAUGAAAAUGCCCCCUCCCGUCUUGUAUCCUUAUGAAACCAUUGCUAUGGUUCAUCCUAAUAACCUGUGUAUUUGGAUAUGUUACAGUACGGAUAUUGAAUUUAAAUUCUGCCUAAUAGCAAUCUGAGCUACAGAUUGAUUUCACAAUCCACAAGCCACAAUCUUGAUUUCUAAUGCAUCAUUUCUUUUAGUAUUUGACUUAAUAGUUCCAUAUGUAUAAUACAGAGACAGGAUAAAGAUAAUGGGGACUAGAUUUAUAAUUUCAGAUGCAGUUAAUGUAGUUGCCUCAUUGGAAUGAUAAUUAGGAAUAAAAGUCAAAUUACAUAUUACAAGAACUUAAAUCUCUAGAGAUAAGUUUCUCAGUGGUGUUGCAACCUUGAAGUACAGGGGUUUACAAUUCAGUCAUGAUUGCACUGCAUGGUAUCUGCAUUCAGCAGCUUGUUCCUGCUGGGUGUUCAAAGGACAGUGCAAUAUCAAUUCAGUAUCUGGCAUCGUUGGUUUUCUUGGCUUCGUGCAUGUUAAACCUGGUAUUUUUAUUGAAACAGUAUUCCUAUAUUUUUUCAUAUUACUGAAUUUGAGAUCAUCUUUGAUAGGAACUAAUGCUUCUCUUUUUUUCUAGGGUGUUUGAAAUUGAGAACCAGGGGUCCAUGUAGUCUGACCCUAAACAUGGCCCUAAAGUAAAAAAAAAAAACUGGAUCCCAAAGAUUGCAGGUGGGGAAUUCCUGAAGUAUGUCCAUAUUCAAGUGGAGAUUAAAGAAGCCCAAGGGAAAGAACUCUGGCAAGAUAGGACUGAUGGUGACAACUGUGGAUUGAACAAAAGCUCCUUUUAAAAGGGCUAUUUUGAAGAAUGUGAUUCUGACUCGGAGGAACGACGGUGCUUGGGAGUGGAAGGAAUCCCAUGUUAAAAUUCUUAAAUAAAAAUUUAUUGACUUUAAAUAA